CUCAUUAUGCAAGAAGACAACACACUAGGAGGAGAAGAUGUCACCGGCCCCUCAAGCCCGGGCCACCACUCAUGGGUUGAUAUGUCCCAGUGCCACACCAGUGCACAAGAACAGAGAAGCCUAUUAAAAGUGGUGGAUAUAGCCCAGUGCCCAGGAAAAGCUCUCCCCACCAUUGAGCACAUUGACAAGGAGCGGAGCGUUGACACAAGAAAGCAGCAUCCAUCAUCAGUGACCCCCAUCAUCCAGACCGUGCUCUCUUCUCACUGCUUCCAUUGGGCAGGAGAAGAGGCCAGGCUGACUCGAGGGAUUUGGAGUGAGGUCGAGGCAGUUUUGGGGCAUGCAGAGUGGAGAAAAGUUGGAUCAGCAGGCCCAGCAUAAAUACAUCCCAGAGAAGAAGUGUUCUAACUGGAGGCUGAGGCUGACAAGGGAAGUCGAAGAUAGCAUAAAAGCAAAAGAGAGGGCAUGGAUCGCAAAAUCAGUGUGAGGCUGAAAGAUUGGGAAGCCGACGAAAACCAACAGAAGGCAACUUCAAAAGCAAUCAGGAGAGAAAUGUGAAAUAUGAAGAAUGUCACCGGCUGAACUGAGGGUUGUGCUGCUGAUCCUGGGUUUUCUGGUCACAGACUCCGCACUCGGUGAUCCGUGUGAUACCCACACCGUCCUGGAUCAGCCCUGGAGGAGCACGGAUUGUAACUGCACAAAGUGUACCGGUGGAGAAUGGAAGGGAGAUAAAAAUCUUGCAGUGGGAUGGUACAGAUUUAACAGUUCCGGAGGAUCGAAGAUUCCCGAGAUGGUCGUUCCACAGGGUUGCUGCUGCGGGAAGAAAUCAGGCUGGUUAAACGGUCCCCAUCCCAACGUGGGAGAGGGGGAGGUGACCAGGACCGUCUGCUUCAGCAAGGAUGAAAACCCCUGUGAGAAGAACCAGGAGAUCAGGGUGAAAAACUGCUCUGGUUACUUUGUGUAUCGGCUGUGGCCGACAACCGGGAAUGAUUCUGUGUACUGUACAG